ACUCUGCAGCUGGUAGCCAGGGACCCGGUCCCUCCUGCGCGCCCAAGUGAUGGAGGGGAAGAGAUUCGCUUAGACACACACACGCGCACACAGCUGGGCACGUCUCCGGGAGGCAGCUGCCGGCUCGGGCACUCUGGGGGCCGGGCGGCGGCCGUGACAGCGCCAGCCGCGGGGAGCGGGGCGCCUGCACAGCUUGGCACCGGAGGCUCGAGGACGCAGGAAGGGAAGAUCCCAGUCACACUGAGUGUUGCUCUUUUGGGCGGAUUGGGAGGGAGCGGGCUGCCCGAGGAGCUGUCACCGAGGACGCCCGAAGUCUCGCCCUCUGCGCGCAGGGUCCGGGGCUGCGCCGGUGCCCUCGUGGGGCAAGGAGGAUGCGCACCUCCCCCCGCAGAGCGGCUGCGGUCUCCGGCACUGCGCGGACUCCGGCUCCUGCGGCCGCCCGUGCCGUGCCCGCGCCACGGGAGCGCGCCCUGCCGCACCUGGUUCCAGCCUCUCGGGGAAGUGCAGGAAACGCGCCCUAAACUCCACUACUUCUCGCCCGCCUGCCCCCCCGCCCGGCUCCCCGCCUCAGACCUCGCCGCCGCCGCCGCCGCCGCCGCCUGCGUGUGGGGCCCGCCCGCGUCUUACUCACACGCGCCACGCACAGCCCUGUUGGUUUGCUCUCAUUCACGCCGACUCGCUCUCCGCCGAGCCUAGCCCGGGCAUCCGAAACUACUGGACCAACUGCCGUCCGGACCGCAGCAGCGGCCGGGUGACCCCACGCGACCCGCCGCCGACCCCGCGCCCUGAGGCUCCCGCCUGCGCCGCCACCGCCGGGGACCAUGGUGAGCAAGGCGCGCUGCCCGCCUCGCGCGGGGGAGGGGCUUUGAGACCUCUAGAUUUGGGGGGAAAUGAGAAGGGGCAAAUCGCCAAAGGGAAGCAUCCGGGUGAUGCCAGCAAAAAAGCACUUUGUGGGGUUCGGUUCUCCUGGGCGCUGCCUGGGGAAGACUUUUGAGAGGUUUGCUUAGGACCAGAGGUUAAACUAGUGCGAGAUGAGAAACGGCGGGGGCAAUUCCUGGGGUAAAAUUAGACAGAAGGUGUCAGUCAGCCUGCCUGUCUGUUUCUCUCUCAGACUCUCCCAGAGCGCUGGGUAGCGCUCUCUUUGAGGGAGAAAGGGAACACGCGUUUACUGCGCUCGCCAGAGUUUAGGGGUUCGCGUUCGGUCACUUCUGGGGUGGCUGUGGAGCUGUUUGGAGCGCGAGGGCAGCUUUGGGACAGUGGGGGCCUGCGAGGCCCCAGCAGAGGACAGGCAGAGGGCAGGCAAAGAACAGGCAAAGGCUAAGUUAACAUGUGGGUGGGGUGUUUUCUCUUCCCAGCUGGCCCCUCCCACACCCCUCACAGCCCCACUUUAUGCAUCUCUUCCCACCCAACACACACACGCGCGCGGGCGCGCGCGCGGGAUGGAUGCAGUCGAGGGGUGGUCAUACUGUUACUACUAACAAGUCUGAGAGGUCGCUGUCGCUACUCACUGGAGCGCUGAGACUCCUGCUCCUGUUACUUGGGCGACCACCUUGGUUUAGGGCAACCUGCAAGGAGCGUCCAGCUUAAGGUGGAUGUCUUUACCUGGAGGUUCCAAGCGCCCAGCAAACAAACAACUCCGGAGUCACUUCACCUUGAGAUAAUCAGAUACUCACUGUCUUCAGCAUUGGUGUCUUCCAUUCUCAACGGCAUUUCUGGUGGCCACCCCAGGAGUCUCCCUGACCUGUUUUAAAACCCUUGGAAAUUAAGGAGAGAAUCCACUACAUAUAUUCCUUUGAAAGUUUCCACCAUCUAUGUUCAAAAAUUGCUGAAUGAGCACAAGGAUUUGAAGGUGCUAAAGCAAGGCAUAAACCAAAAGGACAGCCAGUAGGUGAGGAGAGGCCAUGGAAUACCCGCCAACAAGAUAAUCAUCGCUGGAAUAAUAGGGACCUGUCUGAAUGUAGGCUGCACAGUCCUGAAGGUUGAUGGAGGGCCAUGCUAUUCAAACAGCAGGCGUGGCUGAGACAGAAGCUCCUGGUGCUGGGAAGCCUUGCCGUUGGGAGUCUCCUGUAUCUAGUCGCCAGAGUUGGGAGCUUGGAUAGGCUACAACCCAUUUGCCCCAUUGAAGGUCGACUGGGUGGAGCCCGCAGUCAGGCUGAAUUCCCACUCCGCGCCCUGCAGUUUAAGCGUGGCCUGCUGCACGAGUUCCGGAAGGGCAACGCUUCCAAGGAGCAGGUUCGCCUCCAUGACCUGGUCCAGCAGCUCCCCAAGGCCAUUAUCAUUGGGGUGAGGAAAGGAGGCACAAGGGCCCUGCUUGAAAUGCUGAACCUACAUCCGGCAGUAGUCAAAGCCUCUCAAGAAAUCCACUUUUUUGAUAAUGAUGAGAAUUAUGGUAAGGGCAUUGAGUGGUAUAGGAAAAAGAUGCCUUUUUCCUACCCUCAGCAAAUCACAAUUGAAAAGAGCCCAGCAUAUUUUAUCACAGAGGAGGUUCCAGAAAGGAUUUACAAAAUGAACUCAUCCAUCAAGUUGUUGAUCAUUGUCAGGGAGCCAACCACAAGAGCUAUUUCUGAUUAUACUCAGGUGCUAGAGGGGAAGGAGAGGAAGAACAAAACUUACUACAAGUUUGAGAAGCUGGCCAUAGACCCUAAUACAUGCGAAGUGAACACAAAAUACAAAGCAGUAAGAACCAGCAUCUACACCAAACAUCUGGAAAGGUGGUUGAAAUACUUUCCAAUUGAGCAAUUUCAUGUCGUCGAUGGAGAUCGCCUCAUCACGGAACCUCUGCCAGAACUUCAGCUCGUGGAGAAGUUCCUAAAUCUGCCUCCAAGGAUAAGUCAAUACAAUUUAUACUUCAAUGCCACCAGAGGGUUUUACUGCUUGCGGUUUAAUAUUAUCUUUAAUAAGUGCCUGGCGGGCAGCAAGGGGCGCAUUCAUCCAGAGGUGGACCCCUCUGUCAUUACUAAAUUGCGCAAAUUCUUUCAUCCUUUUAAUCAAAAAUUUUACCAGAUCACUGGGAGGACAUUGAACUGGCCCUAAAAUAAUAUGUCAUACAACACUAUGUGUUGUGCCUGGAGACACACAAUGUCUCCUGUAGAUUAAAAUAUGCACUUUUCCUAGGCAGAGCUAUCCAAGUCAUUUUUCCACGUAUACUUGUACAUAUGCAGUGUGUGACCAAAUAUAAGAUCAGUUCUUUUUCUACUGAAAAUUUACGAAAAAAAAAAUUGCUGUCUGCAUAGUCGCAUCUUUUAAGCUAUUUACAAAAGAGAAGAGGUGGUGGUAUUGGGGGAAAGUGACUUCAGCUAUUCUCAAAGAGUUAGUCUUCCUUUGAUUCAGAAUUUGUCACCCGCCAUUUUCAUAGAUUUAAGCCAAAAGAUAAAUGUGUGAAAAUGUACCAAUGGCUGCGAAGCUUCAGGAAGUAGAGGAUCCAGUGAUGCAUUUUUUUUUUCCUAAGGGAAAGCUGGCUCUUUAAUUCAGAUGCUGAAUUGGUGCCAUGAAAACAGAAAAUGCUAUUUUCUUAUUAUUUAAAAGAAUGUCUUAUCUCAUAAAACUGACAUUGUUCCAAAGUUCUUGUGGUGAUUUUGCACUGUUGUUUUCUCGUAUGGACCAUGGUGUCACUUGUAGCAUGUCAAUCACACAUUGGAAAGUCAAGUCCUUUUACUUCCAUGUUGUAUGUCAACAGAGAGAAAUGUCAUGUACAUAAUGUAUAUUGUUGUAAAUACUGGUUUCACACUAAGUAAUUCUAUUUUGUAAACUGAAUAUGGCUAUUUAAUUUAUUGUGAAAAUUAAAUUUAUUGUGGUAUUUAAAAAUGGAAUGGAUUAAAAUUACUCUAUGUGCAAUUUUUGUUUUUUUUUUUACUCAUUUUGUUUUACAUGCCCCCUGCUGGCUUCCAAAAUGGAAGCUGUUUACGUGCAUAUGAGAGCACUUGGAAAGAUGUGCUUCCCUGCUGGAUUUCUGUACCCUUGUGAAAAUGUAUUUAUGAAGUGAGGUUGAGUAUAUUAAAAAAGAAAAACCUCAACCAUCUGGAAAUCAAGUAUAAUAGCCACCUCAAAGAACCCUAGUGCUGCUCUGCUACAACUUUGUAACAAUUAAUUUACUCGCAGUUGCUGCUGCUCAGGAAGAGAGACAAGGAAUAUUUUAACAGAAUCAAGGCAUAGAAGAAUCACCAUUUUAUUUGAACCUCUAAUCAGAGUCAGACCAGUAGAGAAAUUAAAUAAGAUUAGAAAACUCUGUACUGAAAGCUGCUGAUGCUUCAAAAAUGAAAACAAGAUCUCACAACUCUCCCUGUUAGUUGAAAAUAUAUCAAUUUGCUCUGAAAGGAUUCAGCUGCCUAGUGUUGCCAUUACUAACAUAAACAUAUGGCUCAUAUUUCCAUCCAGAGAAAUUAAUGCUAAAUUGGUGCCUCGCUAACAUCAGAUACACUGUAUUAUGCUUAAAUAUAUUCAGUAAAAUGUGGAAAGGGGUAUUAACAACGACAACAAAAAGAUGGAUUUUUUUUUUUUCUCACAAUCACAGUUGCUAAUCCAGUGGGAGAUGUUUGAGAGAGUUUUGUUCAACAUCACAGUGAGAGUGCCUAGGGAAAUCAGAAAAUUACAAUGGAUUCCCCUUUGAUUGUAAUAAGUGUUGAUUUUCUCCAUGAGUUGUUUAUCCUGUCCAGUGAUUUGAUGGUGAACUUUUCUAAAUAAAUAGCCCUUUCCCCUC